AUGGCUGAACUCCACCCUAUAAUACCCCGCGACGAGAACAAUCAAUCCUCGCUCGCUCUUGCGGCUCAGGACACACCUGAACCCGUGCCUAUUACAGAACAAGAAGUCGGAGAAUACAGAGAACAGGACAGAUUUCUUCCUAUUGCCAACGUCUCCCGAAUCAUGAAGUCGUCUGUGCCACCCACCGCCAAGAUUGCCAAAGACGCCAAAGAGUGCGUGCAAGAGUGUGUCUCCGAAUUUAUUUCGUUUAUCACAUCCGAGGCUGCGGAGAAAUGCCAGCUCGAGAAGCGCAAGACAAUAGGCGGGGAGGAUAUACUGUACGCGAUGGGAACGCUUGGGUUUGAGAAUUACGCAGAGACGUUAAAAAUUCAUCUAGCAAAGCUUAGACAGAACGGAACCACGAAUGCAUCAUCAACCACGAACGCUGCUAGAGACCAACCUAUAGAACCCAGAAUGGACGGAGAGUAG